AAGAAGCAGAGCUAUCUUGAUAUGAGUGAUACAUCUGUUACUUCAGAGUUCAGCUCAAGGCUCAGAAUCACACAAUUCACUAGACAACUUAUUGAUAGAAUGCUCACUCAUUAUGAGAAGGCUUCUGACUUGCAAGAUGAGACUGAGAUCAGUUUUCACCAGAGUACAGAAUUUGAUGAUGAGACAACAGAGAAACUUCAGAAUAAAGAAAAGCAGAGUUAA